AUGGCUUACAAUAAUCAUCAUCAAAAUCAAUAUCACAAUAAUCCAUCAAGUCCAACUAGUCCAACCAGUCCAGCUAUUCCACAAAUGAAUGAAAUUUCAGGAGGAUAUUAUAAUGAAGGUCCUUCAACAAUUACCUCCACCUCAAUUCAAUCUCCAGAAAAUCAAAAAGUACAAUUAAAUCAGAGACAUCUAACGGAUAUAGAUACUAGAAAUUAUUCAACAGGAUCAUUAAGUGGAGCUACCGCAGUUGGGACACCUCGUGUUAAUCCUGCCAGAAGUGCUUAUAAUGAUGUUGAUUCAAUAAAUUCAUCACUUUAUAAUCAUGAUCAAGCGGCAACAACAAAUGAUGCGUCGGAUUUGCAACGUCAAUCGCCAUACGGAAAUCCACAAUAUACAGGUGAUGAUACAGAAGAACCAACGGAUGCUAUGUAUACGAAGAGAGAAAGUUCAUCGAGACUUACUUCAGCUCCUUUAACGGAUAGGGAGACGUACGAUUUAGGUAAUACGGGAGAUCAACAUUCUCGUGGUCAGAGUCAGAACAACGGUAAUGUUACCCAAUACAAUAAUUAUCAUCGUCAAGAUGAUCCUUAUUAUGACGAAGAAGCAACCCGUCAUAAUACCCUUACUUCAAGAUACCCAAAUCAUUAUGAAAAUGAAUACACUGAUAGAGAUUUCCCCGGUGGUGGUAAACAUGCACGUCAAUCUUUGAGUGCAAGUGACUACGCUAGACCUGAGAAAAAACGAAAAAGUGGAUGUUGUUCUUGGUCACUUUGUUGCUUAAUUACUAUUUUGAUCAUAAUUGGAUUGGGCAUUGCUGCAUUUUUUGUUUGGCCUCGUAAACCUAAUGUUGAUGUUAAAGAAGCUAUACCUGAAACACAACCAAUUCUCAGUUUAAAUCCUCCUUUCAUUGAUAUGAGUUUUACAAUGGUUGUUGAAAUUGAUAAUCGUGAAAAUUGGGUUCCAUAUAAAUUCAAUAAAAUUGAUGUUGCGGUGUAUGAUAGAGCGGCUAAAAACGAUAAAUCUAUUGCUACUGGUUCAAGACCUGAUUACACUUUACAACCAAAGGCUAUUAAUACAUUAGAAUUUCCACUCACAGUUAAUUACAAAGCUGAUGAUGUUAAUGAUCCUGUAAUAGUGGAUUUUGUUGCCGCAUGUUCGCCUGAUUCUAAGCCAAAUGCUCCUUUGAAACUUAGAGUUGACGUUGAAUUAUUUAUAUUUGGCAUUGAUUGGAUUUACAAACCAAAAAUUUCUGUUCCUAUACCUGACAUGAAAUGUCCUACUUUAUAA